CUACCCUACUAUUGCACACACACUUUCACGUGCUCGUGGGUCGCACACACUGCAACAAAAUGCGUAGUUUGUUGCUUGCCACCUCACUACUUCUGGUGACAGCGUCCCAGGUCGGCGCGUCGCCAGCCCACACGUGGCUGAGGGACUUCCUGCUGCAGCUGGGCCACGUGCUGCCGCUGGCAGACUCCCCGUGCAGCCAAGCUGGGGAGACUGUCUGUGCUCCGGGCUGCUCUGGGGUGAUCCUCUGCGUGUCAAACGGGCAGGGAGGCUUCCAGGAGGUGGUGCUGGAGACGUGCACUCAGGGCACUACCAGGUGCAGUGCCGAGCAGGGGACCUGCGUGACUGGCCCCACGACCUGUGGCGCCGACACAACUGGCAGCAUCCACUGCAACGGCCUCGGGUAUUUCCCAGACCCGUACAACUGCAGCGUCUUCCACUUCUGCCCUGCCGUGGGCUACUACUCCCAGCGAAUGGAGUGCCCUGCCGGCCGCGCCUACAAUCCUCUCACGAGUGACUGCAGCUUCCGGACGACGGACUCCGUCUGUACGAGUGGCCCCGUCCCUGCUUGCGUCAGCGAGGGUCAGACUGGAGCACUGGACACCGACCCUAGCAUGUACUACGUCUGCGUAGUCGACACUAGUAACGUACUGAUCCCAUCGCUCUUCAAGUGCCCCAACGGAGGAGUGUAUAACCCCGCAACAUAUACCUGUGUCGACCCCAAUUCGCCAACAUCUAGCACAGGAGCGGCCACGUCCACGACCACAACCACAACCACAACCACGACCACGCCAUCCCCUCCCACUCCCACCCCUGCUCCCACCAGCACAACCACAGCCAGCUCUGCCCCCAUCCCAGGAACCCCCUGCUCGCCACCACUGAUCAGGGUCGCCGACCCGGAUGACUGCACACGCUACUACGAGUGCAGCGAGAACUGGACGUGGAUGCACGCUGCCUGCCCCUACGGCACCUACUACAACCCCGUGCACAGCCGCUGUGAGUUUGGCGUCUGCUAACGUGUCGCCCUAACGAAGUCAACUAUAUCUCUGGAAGAUCUCUCUAGUUCUUCACAAUC